AUGGCUUCGCGCAUCAUCGUGAAGAAUUUGCCGAAACAUGCCUCAGAUGCACGUUUGCGGGAAUUCUUCGCUGCAGUUGGCGAGAUCACAGAUUGCCGGAUCCAGAAGUUGAAGGAUGGUCGUUCGCGACAAUUUGCCUUUCUGGGCUUUCGGACCGAAAGCGAUGCUCAAGCCGCUGUGAAGCAGUUAAAUCGCAGCUUCUUCGAUACUUCGAAGAUCAGUGUUGAAAUCGCUUAUGCACCGGGCUCUGGGGACAUUGCUCGGCCAUGGAGCAAGUAUGCUGCAGGCUCUUCCGCGCAUGAGCGGCGAGCCGAAAGGAAAGCUAACAAGAAAGAUUCCAAGCCAGGAGAGCGGCCGGAAGAGUCUGGGGCCGAAAAGGCUGACAACAACAAGCCUAAUAAGCUGGGUGGCCGCAACAAGCAGAAAGUGGCUGUGAACAUCAAGGGUGCAAAAGUUGUCCGCACGGCCAACAUCAAGACAACGAAAGCAGGAGUGAGCAACACGCGAAUGCAUAUGGAAUUCGAGAGCGAUAGUGGUGAAGAAGGUGCAUCUACAGCAACAGCUCCGAAAGAAGGUCCUUCACAAUCCUUGGCCUUUGACGAGGAGUUGGACGACAUGGCAUAUCUCAAGGCUAAGUCCAACUCCACAGCAGGAGGAGGCAACGAGGAGACCUCGAAAGAUGCGUCUGAAGCUCCGAUGGCAGUGCCAAAGAAGCGUGCCAAGGGCAAGAAACGCCCAAAGCAGAAGACUUCGACCGCCGGCGCAGGCGAAGCGAAGGAAAACGAGAUGGAGGAGACUGUGGCCAUUGAUGCAGUCGAUGCUGCGGCUGCGGCGGAUGCGGCUGCUGCGGCAGAGGCCGCCAAGGAUUCCGCAGGAACAGUGCCAGAUAUGGAAGAUCUCGAAUCUACGGGGCGCUUGUACAUAACCAACCUACCAUAUGGAGCCAGCGAAGAAGAGAUACGUGUUCACUUCGAAACGCUGGGGGAGGUCCAGUCCGUCGUCGUUUGCAAGGACGAGGACUCGUUGAAAUCACGCGGCUUCGGCUACGUCACGUACGUGUUUCCAGAGUGUGCGGUGAGAGCUCUCUCCGAGCUGGACUUGAAGUCCUUCCAGGGCCGGCUUCUUCGAGUGGCCGCUGCCCGGCAGAAGCCUGCGGAGGAGGCGGCGAAAGGCACCGAUGCCGAGAAGGCAAGAGGUGGCACUUCCUCAUACAAACGUCGACUGGAUGAGAGGAAGAAGAAGGUGGAUGCCCACCUCCAGCAUACAUGGAACUUGCUAUACAUCUCUGCCAACUCGGCAGCAGACGCCGCAUCCGCACAGCUGGGUGUUUCCAAGAGCGACCUUUUCGGCAAAGAUGCCGAGAACGCUGCCGUCACUGCUGCCUUGACGGAGACCUCCGUCAUCCAGCAGACGAAACAAUGGCUUCAGAGAGAAGGCAUUCGUGUCGAUGCUUUCGAGCAGCGGGGGACAGCUAUGACCAACAGCAAGGCCGUCAUGCCAGAGGGUGCUCAGCGACGCGAAGACACCCUCAUCGUGAAGCAUUUGCCCGCUGCUACGAGCGCGGGGGAGCUUCGCGAGCGCUUCGCACGGUUCGGCACCUUGGUGCGCUGCUCGCUGGCGCCCUCGGGCACGGUGGCAGUUGUGCAGUAUGCGGACAAAGGAGCCGCAUCCCGGGCUUUCCAGAAGCUAGCCUUUUCACGCUUCCGGCAUGUGCCCCUCUAUCUCGAGAUGGCGCCGGAAGAUGUGUUUACAGAUGGAGGCGCUGCCAAGGCGCCCGAGCAGGAAGCCAACCAGGAGGCUGCGGAGGAGGUGGACGAGGAGGCACGAGGCUGUCUCUUCGUGAAGAACUUGAGCUUCUCGACGACGGAUGAUGGCUUGAAGGCUGUCUUUCGCAGCUGCCAGGGCUUCCGCUCGGCCGUGGUGAUGCGCAAGAAGGCUGCUGUGAAGAAGGGUGCAAAGGCCGCCCAGGAGGAGAAAGGCCUGUCCAUGGGAUACGGCUUCCUCGAGUUCGAGACGACGGCACAGGCGGCCGAGGUCUUGAAGCGCAAGCAGGGCGCAAUGAUCGACGGCCAUGCGGUUCAGCUGCAGAUCUCGCAGUCUAUUGGCCGCAGCUCAGGGGUGAAGUCGCAGGAGCCCCGGUGCAACGAGGGAAUGCAAAUACUGUAG